AUGGAAAUGAACUCCAAUUUAGGAGGAUCGGAUGAUAAUUCUUAUGUCCCGCGACAGAUAGCAGAUGCUACAGAUGCUGAUCUUCCGAUGCAUCCCCCAGUGAAAGCUGGGAUGAAUGAUAGAGCUAAGAAGAAUCCCAAGAGCUCUAAAACGCAGGCUCCAACUAUCAAGGACAAAAAGGGAAGAUCAACUUCUUGCUACCUCUGCCAGAAAAGAAAACAGAAAUGUGAUCAACGGUUCCCAAGUUGCACCAACUGUAUUAGGGCUCAUGUCAAAUGUGUUCAACCUCCGCGAUACGGUGAAAAUUAUCGAUCGCAUGUGAAGGACGAUUAUACAGCUCUCCUGGAGAAAAAGGUCAAGCAGUUGGAGAGCUUGUUAGAUGAGACAACAAAGAAAAUAUAUCAGCUAGAGCAGCAAGAUAAUCGAAUUACUAGUAGUAGUGGUAUUACAAGUAGUUCCGUCAGACAGAUAGACACGCACGAGAACAAUCAUCGUGUAGACACUAUCAAUGCCAACGUGAAAAAUGUUGCUUCUUUGCCAUCAGCUGUGCUGGACAGAUCAGAGACGUCGACUCCCUUUGAUUCCAGCAGAAUUUUAAAGUAUAGAAAAAUCGGUGAUUUAUUGGACAUCUCCAAAAAUACAGCUCGUUCUUACCUUCCUUACGACCAGUUUGAUCAUGCUUUAAACAAACCAUACACAUAUUUUAUGGCUGACAAUGCGGAUCGUGUCAAAAAGUCUUCAGUGGCUUCAUACCAUUUAACCAAUUUUCUACGCUAUGAUCCGGUAUUUGAUCUCGAUCAGGAAUUGUCCAGACAACUUAUUGAUAUCUAUUUCGCUAUGCUGCAGUAUAAGUUUCCCCUACUCAGCGAGCAAGAAGUCAAGCAGUUUCAUCACGAUUAUUUCGAGCGGAAAGUAUUUUCCAACCAUGUUGAUUACCACUUUCGUGCCGCACGCAUGCUUCUUAUCUUUGCAAUAUCGGCCAUAUUAUAUCGUGCAACUGGAAGAUACAGAGGUCCUGCUCCCUAUAGGUUCUUUUCGAGUGCACUAAGACAUAUAGUGUUUUGCCAGAAUUUAGAGCCACUCAAAAAAAUCGAGCUACUCGUUUUACUCUGUUUGCUCAUCAAUAGGACGGACAAGGAUUCUAAUUGCCUUUAUAUGAUAAUCACAGAUGCCAUGAAACUUUGCAUGCGGCUCAGCUUACAUAAACAAAAAUCGUAUUGCAAUGUCUCAUCAACUCUUCGUGAACGUCAUCUACGAUGCUUCUGGUGUGCUUAUAUCCUGGAAAGAUCUGUGUCAAUUGCUGUUGCAAAGCCAUUUACACUAAAGGAAAGCAAAAUUGAUAAAUCAUUACCCUCUUUUGACUCCGAAAGCUCCAAGCCUACGCCUCAUUCUACUAUUGGUACUAAGUUUAUUAAUCAGGUCAUCAAGAUUCGUCGCAUGGAAGCUCACUUUGUUGAAGAUUUGAAUAUUCUAAGUUCAGCUUCCAUAGCCACACGUACCCAGCUGCCGAAAGUCCAGAUCUACUUUCAGCGGUUACAAGAGUGGCGUAAAGAAUGUCAGGGUUUCCAAUCCGAUAAGGAAACUGAGACACUAUCCGUAUAUUACUAUCGUGCCGUAAGAAAUUUGAUUCAGCCGUUUUUGGAACUUCUGGAUCCUGAUGAUAAACUUUUCAAGGAAUGCCAGGCUGCCGCAGGACAGAUUUGCCAAGCAAUCAAAACAUUUCAUCAGAAAACUGUUAGUGGCCAUAGCAUAUUGAACAUUCACACCACAUUCACGUCUGGUGUUACACUCAUAUACUGCUUAUGGUUGGAAAGAAACAGGGAUGAUAUGAAGAGGAAGUUACUGGGAGAUGACAAGAAGCACACGCGUCCAUUGGUUUCUGCAGCGCUAUUCUCGGGCAUUGACGAUCUCAGGGCUUGCUCAAUAUCUCUUUAUGUGAUGGCUGAGAGAACGAAAUUUGCUCUAAGUUUUAGAGAUUCAUUUGACGAGUUGAUGCAUGCUACCGUUGACAAUUUAAUACUUCGUUGUGGACCAAACUCUUCAGAGAUUUUGAAUUAUAGUGAACCCGGAAUGCCCCCUGCUGUAUACAGGCAGCCUUUGCAGCAUUAUCAGCUUGAUUCUCGUUUUACACAGAAAACAGCAGCAGAGACCCAAGAGGAUGAAGAGAGAACUAAGCGGACGGGGCACCUUACACGCUUGGCCAUUCCAAGGGGCUUGAGCCAUCUUCUUAUUCACUCUCCUACCAUAAGCGGAGUAAGAUAUGGUCAGAUUGGUAAUUCUUUGUCAUCGGCCCAGCCGACAACCUCUACCUUUGCACCUCCAACCAAGCCCCUCAUUCAAUCUUCGGCUUUUGGCCAGUCGAACAACACUUUUUCAGUAUCGAAUUUUCACGCUCCGCCUCCGUCGGUCAGAAGCAUGAAUUUUGGGUCCUCUGCGACGAUGCCGAACGUUUCCAUACCUCCUGUCAUGGCAUCUCCCAUAGCAAAUACUGCUUCCUCUUUCUCUUCGAUGUCGGCCGACACAUUACGCCAUGCUAAUAGUGGUAACGAAAAUACGGUAGAGGAGUUAGCACAUUCUCAAAAGACUCUGAAUGGGGCGCACGCAAACAAUAGUGAUGCUGUAUACGCUAUGAGUUCAUCCGUCACCGAUGUUGAACACACUCCCUCAACACCGACAACGACUGCCUCCUCUUCAUCUUCAAUCACUCCAGUCAUUGCAAACACUCCAAUUAUACCAGAAUUGCUACCAUUUGUUGGUAGAACUACAGCUAUGAUCAAUAACAUUUCGGUGUGGACUGGCGAGUCUGGUCAACAGAUUCCUCAGACUGGAUUGGUGAUGAUCCAGCAGCAGAACAAUGCCAAUAGCAAUGGUAACCCAGGAUUUCUAAUGAACUCUUCUGGAAAUACCGAUGGCUAUACGGGGAUGCCUUUCAGGGCCCCAAGUCAGACAGGGGCCGAUUCAAGCAUUUUCGGAAAUCAGGUUGGUGUCGGAAUGAACUUUAUUGGAGGAAACUCUGGAACUAAUGGUGGCAAUGGUGGCAAUGGUGGGAAUGGGGCCAGUGGACAGAGUGGGGUUGAGGGUGCGGUCAGUGGUAACGGCAAUGAACAAGUGAUUGACUCGUCAUCUGGCAACGGUAUGGAACUGCUCAACAACUGGGGAAGCUACCCUAAUGAUGACUUCUGGUCUGUUCGAAAUGAUUUAGGAUUUAUACCUUAA